AUGGUGCGCUUAGGUGUGUUUUUGGUCAUCCUCUUGAUGCUUGUUGUGGCAGAGGCAGCAACUUCUCAUCCAAAGCCUAAGAAAGUCAAGUGCAAAGACAAAAAGUUCUACAAGUGUUACCACAAAGACCUUUAUUGCCCUGCAUCAUGCCCCCGCACUUGUGUUGUGGAUUGUAAGAAAUGCAAACCUGUUUGUAAAGCGCCGCCGCCACCACCACCACCUCCGCCGCCGCCGCCACCAAGACAUAGGCACCCUCCUCCACCUCCAAAGUAUUAUCAUCGUUCACCCCCUCCGCCUCCAAAGGCAUACCCCGCACCACCACCUCCACCUUCAGUUGUUCCUACUCCCCCUCCUUCCACUACCACUCCACCUCCACCCACUACUUCUACUCCUUCAUCUCCACCACCUCCUGCUUCCACGCCAUCACCUCCACCACCCACUACUUCUACACCACCUUCCUCAUAUCCUCCACCUCCCCCUUCUUCAGAGAGCUCUGGAGAAAAGAGAAAAUGCAAGAACAAGAACUACCCUCAUUGUUAUGGCCUAGAGCAUACAUGUCCUAGUGCUUGCCCUGAGCAAUGUGAAGUUGACUGCGUCACAUGCAGUCCUGUUUGCA